GGGGCUUGGCUCCCUCCCAGCUCCGGCGCCUGCUCGCAGCACCAGCCCAGCCCCAAGGCCGGGCGGCGGCGCUUCCUGCCGGGCCAGCACUAGAGGGAAGCUGCGAACCCGCGACCCGGCGGCGGAGGCGGCGGCAGUAGCACCACCAUGGACAGCCAAGGCCGCCGCGUGGUGGUGUGCGACAACGGCACCGGGUUUGUUAAAUGUGGCUAUGCUGGCUCGAACUUCCCCGAACAUAUUUUCCCAGCCCUGGUGGGACGUCCCAUCAUCCGUUCCACUGCCAAAGUUGGGAACAUUGAGAUCAAGGACCUGAUGGUGGGUGAUGAGGCCAGUGAGCUGCGCUCCAUGUUGGAGGUGAACUAUCCUAUGGAGAAUGGGAUUGUGCGCAACUGGGAUGACAUGAAGUAUUUGUGGGACUACACCUUUGGUCCGGAGAAACUCAAUGUUGACCCCCGCAACUGCAAGAUCCUCCUCACGGAGCCUCCCAUGAACCCUAUCAAGAACCGGGAGAAGAUCAUUGAGGUGAUGUUUGAGACCUAUCAAUUUGAGGGUGUUUAUAUAGCAAUCCAAGCAGUGUUGACACUCUAUGCUCAGGGUCUCCUCACCGGUGUGGUGGUGGACUCCGGGGAUGGCGUGACACACAUCUGCCCUGUUUAUGAGGGCUUCUCCUUGCCCCAUCUCACCCGUCGGCUGGACAUUGCAGGGCGUGACAUCACACGCUACCUCAUCAAGCUCUUGCUAUUGCGUGGUUAUGCCUUCAACCACUCAGCUGACUUUGAGACAGUGCGCAUGAUGAAGGAGAAGCUCUGUUAUGUUGGCUACAACAUUGACCAGGAACAGAAGCUGGCACAAGAGACCACAGUGCUUGUGGAAUCCUAUACGCUCCCAGAUGGGCGAGUGAUUAAAGUCGGGGGAGAGCGUUUUGAGGCCCCGGAGGCCCUGUUCCAGCCCCACCUCAUCAACGUGGAGGGUGUGGGCGUGGCUGAACUCCUCUUCAACACCAUCCAGGCAGCUGACAUCGACACCCGACCCGAGUUCUACAAACACAUCGUGCUUUCCGGCGGCUCCACCAUGUAUCCUGGGCUGCCGUCUCGGCUGGAGCGUGAGAUCAAGCAGCUGUAUCUGGAGCGGGUGCUGAAGGGUGACGUGGAAAAGCUGUCGAAAUUCAAGAUUCGCAUUGAGGAUCCACCCCGGAGGAAGCACAUGGUGUUCUUAGGAGGGGCAGUGCUUGCCGACAUCAUGAAAGACAAAGACAACUUCUGGCUGCGACGGGAUGAGUACUUGGAGAAAGGAACCCGUAUCUUAGAGAAACUGGGGGUGACGGUGCGAUAGGAACUCCCCCCGCCCCCCGUCUCCAUGCCUUGCCACCCCCCCCCCCCCAAUCUUCAGUUCCUUCUUUUCUGUUGAGCAAUCCAUUGCCGACUCUGGCAGGGGGUGUGUAUGUGAACUGGGGCACUGAGGCUUGGGGUCAGCAGAAGAACUCCUAAAACAAGCUUCCAGUUUUCUAAGCAUAAGCGGUUAUUUUAUCCCCUCCUCCCUGUUCCCUCUUUGUUUCCCCCCGCUCAAGCUGCUCACUCUUAUGGACAUGUGUUAGCAAUCUCAUCACAUCCAUCAGAUAGGAAAAAAGACUGCCCCCCCCUCCAAUCAGAGGGGCUUAAGGGCUCCACACUGGCCCCAUGUGGGUCAAAGUUCAUCUUCCAGGAAGUUCCAUGUGACACACAUUCCGUGGAAUGCAGGCUGUUAACCCAGGCUCAGGGAAAUCCAUCUGUACCUAGCAUCCUUCCUUCCACUGAGCGAAUGGGGAGCAAGUUUCUAGACCUCGUGGCUGAGAGCAAAAUGCUUAAGCACAGCUAACAGCUCAGGGAUCUGGGAGGCAGGGCUGAAACUCAGGCCUGGUCCUUCUUCACGAUAUCAACUCACGUCCUUCUUCCCUUUUGGUUCUUUCAAGUUCUGUAAGAAUGGCAGUCUUGGCUUAUCUUCCCGCCACCAUGCAAGCAAGUAAUUACAAAUCUUGCUUGCAGAUUUAGGGAUUGGCUGCCUCUGCUAAGAACAGGGGUGGGUGGAUUAGGUACAAAACAAGCCCCUUAAUGUUAGGGGGAGGAAGUGACUGUUGGACCUCCCCAUGGGGAGGGGAGCAUUGCUCUUGCUCACCUAGGUAUAUGUGUUUGGGGGGCGGGGGUUCAGCCAUAGGCACAGGAUUGAGUUUUAGCCUUCCAUGGCAGCAGAGAAUACCAGGCACCUUUAGAAAACCGAAAGGAAAGGAACAACCUAAGCCUCUAUUUCCACAAGUGGAGCUAUCAUAAACAGGACCAAAAGCCAGCUUGGUGUAGUGGUUAAGAGUGGUGGACUCUAAUCUGGGAGAACCGGGUUUGAUUCCCCACUUCUCUACAUGCAGCCAUCUGGGUGAUCUUGGGCCAGUCACAGUUCUCGGAAGAGCUCUCUCAGCUUUACCUACCUCACAGGGUGUCUCUUGUGGGGAGAGGAAGGCAAUUGUAAGCCACUUGGAGACCCCUUCGUGAAAAGCAGGGUAUAAAAACAACAAAAAGCAAGGUGCAAAGCCAAAAUGUGGAGGUUCCUCCAUUUUGAGAAGGCAGCCAACAUCCUCAACCCACCCAUCCCUCCUCUGCUAAAAACGGCUUUCCAGGAAGUAGGGUUACUACCCAUUUUGUUGGCUGGGCUCCCAUAUCUGUAAUGGCUGCAUGACAGGCAUAGACCCAACUGCAAAACAUUCCAAACCACAUCUGUUUAGAAAAGCUGCCCCAGAUAAAGACAUAGGAGCCCUUUGGAAAGAAAAGGGGGUAACCAUCCUUUUCCCAUCCCCUGCAGAAACCUUUGUCAACAUUCCUGCUGUACCUUUCUUGUGCUCCACUCCCCAAUGCUCCCACUUCCCCAACGGUCUGUUUCUUACAAGGGGAAGAGAAGGCAAAAGAAAAAAAGACAGCAUGGGUUGAGAGGACCACUUGCUGCCCCUGUGCUGAGUUAGAAAGCAGAACCCAUACCCCAUCCCAGUUGGCCAAAAGUUGGGGGAUCCCUGCAGUAAUUGUCUAUGCUACCUCCCCCCCCCCCCCGCUAGCCAUAAACCUCUACUGUCUUCUACAAUAGGACUCCUGUUCCCCUGGUGGGGACUAUGAUUGUGCCUCCGCUUCUCAUUUUUUAAUGGGGCAGAUUAAUAUGGGCAUUUUGCACCAAGUUUGUUCUUUGUAUCCACUGCAGGGGGAGGAAUAUCGCUCCCUUCCCCUUAAUUGUUCUUUAAAAAUCCUGAUUUUUAAAGGUUGAUUUUGCUUUCCAAA